AUGUCCGCACCGUCUCCGACGACGCUCUCGCGCUCAUCCUCCUUUGCUCCCGGCUCUCACCGCCGCAGCCAUCCGAACCUGCAACAUCUCUCGCUCGCGCCCCUGACGCCGAAAUACCCGAUCGACCCGGCAGACUACUCUGCGUACUUCGACCCGUCAACGUCGGAACUCCACACCUCGGCCUCGAUCUCGCAUGUCGCGUCGCUGCCAUCGCCGGGCGGCAUCUUGUCGAGGAGCGGCAGCGCGGCAAACUCCCGCGUGCAAUCGAGAGCGAAUUCGCGCACGCGGCUGAAUAACAGGAAGAAGAAUAAAUCCUUUGUGACGAUUCAAGCGCCGCUUCCACUGACUGAGGGGACGGUUGGGAAUCUUACUGCCGCCGCUGCCGCCCCGUACGGCGCGUUGACGAGCGAAGGACUGGGCCACAAGUCCAUCUCCGUGGAGGAGAAGGAGAGACGACUUUCGUCUCUCUCCUCGCACCCGACGCAGUCCGCCUCGAAUUAUACGGGCCAUCAUCCGCUGCACAAGUCUGAUUCCUCGUGGCUCAUCCAGACCGGCCUCACACUCACCGAAGGGUCGCGGGAAUCAAAGGGUCAGAGCUGGAUAUCCAAGCGCGACAGCUCGACCUCUCUAGCUACGCCGCUUGAGGAGCGGCCUUCUAUGGCCAUGACAGGCAUGCGCUCCGGACGAAAUACACCAGGCAACCUGAGCAGGCGCGGCAGUUUCCAAGAGAAACGCCGCAGUCGGAGAUCAUUGGCCAUGACGCCCACGGUCCCUUCUACGACGCCAAUGCUGGAAAUGGAUGCACCCCCUGAUUGGGCGGACGAACAGUCUCAGGCAGAAAUUGCGGCGCAGUAUCACGAGGACUUUGGCGAUGAUUUUUCCGACGACGACGCCGACGACGACCCGUAUGGUGUAUUGGACUUUGAAGGACAGUUCGACAGUGAGGACGAGGACGAGCUGAGGAGGAGCAUCAAGGGGUAUCGACUCGGGGCGUGGAUGGACGGGCUUGUCGACGUGUUUUUGAGGUUGGAGGAUGAUUUCCCCGGCAGUCAGCUUGAGGCUACCAAGGCUGUGAGGGAGAAAGGGGAAGGUAAAGAUCAGAAUGACAGUCCUGCCGCUUCUGCUUCGUCUGGUGCACCAAAAGAUGCGGAUUUGCAAGCUGGACAGAGUGUCAGGUUUGACGACUCCGUGGAACCGCCGCCAGAAAGACCCAAGACUGUGUGGGAUGACGUUGCCUGGUUUGGGCGCAUGGUGGCUAGAACCGUGCGGUCGUAG